AUGUCAGUGAAACUACGAAAAGACGCGUCCCCUAUCUCAAGUUUGAAAACAAACGCAAAACCCUCGCGGUUCACAUUUCAGAAUUUAUUAGACUUAAACAACCCUACCAAAGCAUACCUCCUGCCCUUAUCAACAAUCGCUCUUGUGGACUUGAAUGCCUUUUUUGCACAAGUUGAACAAAUACGACUAAACCUCACAGAUAAAGACCCUGUGGUAUGUGCCCAAUGGUCAUCAUUAAUCGCAGUUAGCUACGCAGCAAGAAAAUAUGGAAUUGGGAGACUUGAUAGUAUAAAAUCAGCUAGGGAGAAGUGUCCGAAUUUGAUAGUUGCCCAUGCCGCAGUGUUUAAAAGAGGAGAAAGUCAUUGGGCUUAUUUACCUGGUAUGCCAGAUGCGGCGACCCAUAAAGUGUCACUUGAUCCAUAUAGACGAGAAAGUCGGAAGAUUUUACGAGUGAUUCAAGAACGAUUUGAUCUUGUCGAGAAAGCAAGUGUUGACGAAAGUUAUAUAGAUUUUGGCAGGGAUGUAUAUGAGAGAUUAAUGAAGUAUUUCCCUGAGCUUACGUCAUAUGAUGACCCUACAGAUUAUCUUCCACCAAUACCGAACUUACUCCCAAAGGAGAUACAAUGGGAGGGAGACGUGAUACUCAGUGAGAAGGAGAUAUCAAUUGACGAGAACGCACAAGAGAAGCGGGCAGAACCGGUUAUUGAAGAUUGGGACGAUGUUUGUCUCGUUAUUGGGUCUCAGAUACUUCUAGAUCUUCGACAAGCAAUAUAUGACGAGUUGGGAUACACUACUUCAGCAGGACUAGCAAGAAACAAACUUAUGGCAAAAUUAGCAGGCGGGUUUAAGAAGCCAGAUGAUCAAACAAUAAUCAGAAAUGUCGCAAUUGAUCGAUUCCUUACGAAUUUUCAAUUGAAUGAUAUAUCCGGAAUGGGAGGAAAAUUGGGUGAUACAUUGAUUCAACGGUUUGAUGUUCCUCCAGAUAAGAAUUCAAUUGCAUUCAUAAGAGAGAAUUACAAUCUAGAACAGGUUAAGGAAGAGCUUAAAGAUGACCAAGAACUCGCAGUGAAGCUUUACAAUAUGGUUCGAGGAUUGCAUUCGCUGGAAAUCAGCAACAAAUCAGAUCUAAAAUCUAUGGCAUCAAACAAGAAUUUCCUUCCUCAGAAACCAGUUGCAACUUUAGGACAAGCUUAUGGAUGGCUUAAAGUAUUUGCAGGAGAUUUAUACAACAGAUUAAUAGAUUUAGAUAAUGAAAAUUUGGAAUUAUCCAUGAGCAAGUUAUCGAAGAAACAAAAAGGAUAUGUUAAAAGACCCAAAACGCUUACAAUUGGAAUAUAUGGAGUUUCUGGCCUGAGAAUUACACGACAAACCCCGAUUCCAUUUUACCGUGAUUUUGACAAGAUGAGGGAUGUAAUAGAAGAGGGUGGAUAUAACCUAAUCCGUGACUAUUUGGAAGUAAGUACAAACCUAAGCAGAAUGAAUGGAGAUAAAAGACCCAAAGAACUUUUCAAAAUGGAUCCAUUCCAAGUUAAGAUUGUCCCCAUUAGAAAUAUGUCAUUGUCAAUUUCAAACUUUGUAACCCUUAAUGACACUGCUCUCAUUGAGACUUAUGCAUCCGAAAAUACAGAAAAUAAGAUGAAUAAAAUCACUCGAGAAUUAAAAGAGAUAAAUGAACUAAUGAAAUUAAAAAAAGAAGCAACACCUCCGCGGCCUCAGACUAAUAAAGUUAUAUCUAAAGAAGACAAGGAACAUAUAGCAAAGAUGUUCAAAGACUUUGAAUCUUCUUAUAUAGAACCUGAACCAACCCAAGCAACAAAACCCAUUGUUUCCCAGAGGCCAACCAAUGACAAUUACAAACGUAUUCGAAAGCAAUUUGAUGACUACCAUUCUCUGGCUUCGAUUGAGAAGAAAUCCGAAGAAGCCAUCCUGGAAGUAGUUGAAAAUAAUUUGGCAAAACGCAAGAGACCUAAAAUGGAUAUCUUCCAAACCUUGCAAAAAAAGAAUAAACCCAGUUUCAUGGAAAUUCUACUUGAAUCAAAAGUCUGCCCCAAAUGCAAAAUUCAAAUAGACGAUGCAUUGGAACAUAAUGAUUUUCAUAUAGCAAUGGAACUUUCCGAAAGAUUAAAUAGUUCAGGAUAG